CUUUUCUUUCUGUGCACUCAGCUCCGGUGUGGAAAGACUGAACGGGACGUACUUUCCUUUUCUUUCAUUUUUUACAAAGAACAACUCUCUCACUCUGCCCUAAAACAUCUCCAGCAACAUGACCUCGAAUUCCAAUGUAUCCAACAUGAGACGCCUCGUGGAGCAACUGAAGCUGGAGGCGAGCGUGGAGAGAAUCAAGGUGUCGCAGGCGGCUGCGGAGCUGCAACAGUUUUGUCUGCAGAACGCAUCUAAAGACGCGCUUCUGGUCGGGGUCCCCACGGGGAGCAACCCCUUCAGAGAGCCUCGAUCCUGCACCGUGGUGUGAAGACAACUCAGGGAGGACGAGGAACUUGCAGAAGAGGAUCAUUUUGUUUUGUUUGUUACAUUUAUGAUGAAAAACUAUUAACUGUUCAAAUAAAUGCCUUGUUUUAUUUCA